AUGGCGAUUUUAUCAAAUCCCAAUUUUGGUUUACAAUUUCUGAUAAACCAACCGGAUGUAUUAAAUCGGUCAACUUUCAACCGCCUCCGACCUGUCAAAGUUCUUAUUCACGGAUUUGGUGGAAAUGGGACGACUGACCGCUUUGUGUCAAAAGCCCGCGACGCUUAUUUGCUGCUGGGCGAUUUCAACGUCAUCACGGUUGACUGGCGUUCUCUUGCUGAGUAUCCCAACUAUGCCCGCGCUGCUCUUAGCACGACGCCAGUUGGCAUCUACGUUGCAAAAUUCCUGGACUUUUUGAUAUCUCAGGGUACUUCGUCGUCAUUACUCCACGUUAUUGGUUACAGCUUGGGAGCUCAUGUGGCCGGUAGUGUCGGAAACUGUCUUCGCCUCGGUCGCCUUCCGCGAAUCACAGGACUUGAACCAGCUUCCGGUGGCUACGAACGGAUUGAGAAACUGAGAAGUUUGAGCUCCAGUGAUGCCGAUUUUGUUGAUGUGAUUCACACCAACGCGAAUGUCCUCGGUCUUGGCACCACUACGCCUAUCGGCCAUGCCGAUUUUUAUCCCAACGGCGGCCACUGGCAAUAUGGUUGUCUCUGGAACACGGAAUACGAUUCCUUAAUUCAUUGCAGUCACGGUCGAUCGACACACUAUUUCAUCGAAUCCAUCUUGGCUGGGCCCACCAAAUUCCUGUCAUCGAGGUGCCCAAGUUAUUUGAAAUUCAAUCUCGGUAUCUGCGGUGGUUGUCAGGAUCCACUUGACAGACACAAUUGUGUUUCGAUGGGAGAAUUCGCCAAUCCGACUGCCUCUGGAACUUACUACCUGUACACCAAUCCCACUUCACCUUACUCGAUCGAAUAGCUCGGAGAGUUUUUAAUAAUAUCUACCGACCACCAUCACGACGUCUGCUCCAAAAGUCUCUAUCAAGGCUUGAAGAACAGUAUGGAAAUGAUUUAUCCUUAUAGGAUUUUGAUAUUCGAAUCUAAAUUGUAGCACGAAAUGUUGUGUUUUAAAUUCGUUGUACAGUACUCUCAAUAAAAAAA